AAUUCUUAAGGGGACAGGUGAUCAGUAUGUAUGAAGAUUUCUACGCUGAAGUGUGUGGGAAGCCGAGAAUAAAACCAUCAUCAAUCCAACCUAAAAUAGCACAGGGCCGAGCUGUAUCAAAAGGAGCCUUACCAUGGAUCACAAUGUUGUCGAAGAAUGGCAUUCCUUUCUGUGGUGGGUCAUUAAUUGGGCAGAUGUGGAUCAUAACUGCAGCCCAUUGUCUUCAUCCUCCAUAUGACCCUGACAACCCAAAUCUAAGCAACUUUCAACAUAUUAACAUCACGUCAUUUAAAGUUAUCUUAGGCGAUAUGGUGAUAGUCAGUGGAUGGGGAAAACAGUUCCUGCAUUCAAUUCCCGAAACUCUGAUGGAGAUUGAGAUUCCUAUUGUGGACCAUGACAAAUGCAAGCAUGUUUACUCUCAGCUUGGGAGACAAGUAACAGACGAUAUGAUCUGUGCAGGUCUGAAGCAAGGUGGGAGUGAUGCUUGCCAAGGAGAUUCUGGGGGCCCAAUGGUGGCGCUCGAUAAUAAGAAAAAUCGCUGGUUCCUGGUAGGGACGGUCUCGUGGGGAGAUGGCUGUGGAGAGGACAACAGAUAUGGGGUUUAUUCCGAUGUCAGGAAAAGCCUGGAGUGGAUCCACAACGUGACAAAAGUCAAGAACUUUUGAUAAAUUUUAGGGACCAAGAACUUCAAAAAUAUCAAGUUGUUUUCAAUGAUUUUUACUGCAACUUUGAAUGAGUACAAUAAUCUACUGUAAAAAUUUAAUUCAUUUGGGUA